AUGAAGUCUGACGACCCCUUUGAGAAGGGAAUGAGGCGCCGUGUCCGGCCACUUGUCCUAAAUUGCUAUGGAGGGCUCAAGAACUAUCCCAUCGCCCAGCUUUGCCCCGAAUCUCCUGUCACCUUGCGGAUGCAGUCUAUAAAGCUCCAGGGGGGCUUGGGGUUCCUCUCGGCACACGUUCUAAGGAGCUGGAGCCUUUCCUUUGCAGAGCGGAGACGGCGAGAGGCCAUUGCUGCAGCAACCUGCCUGACCGAGGCCCUGACAGACCACCUGAACGUAGGGGUGGCCCAGGCCUACGUGAACCAGAGGAAGCUGGACCAGGAGGUGAAGACGCUGCAGAUCCAAGCUGCCCAGUUCGCCAAGCAGACGGGCCAGUGGAUCAGCAUGGUGGAAAAUUUCAACCAGGCACUCAAGGAGAUUGGCGACGUGGAGAACUGGGCGCGCAGCAUCGAGAUGGACAUGCGGACCAUCGCCACGGCCCUGGAGUACGUCUGCAAGGGGCAGCUGCAGCCCUCUGGCUCCUGAGCCCUGGCCCAGGCCCCCAGCCAGGCAGGAGCUGAGCUGCGCCCCUGCCUCCCAGCCACGCUCUCCGCCACCGCUUGGACUGCCUCUUCCCCCCUCCUCGCUAGCCCAGGCAAGAUCCCAGGGGUCCCCUGGGCAGCACCUCACCUGACGCUGAGGGACAGUGGUAACGGCCCAGCUCUUUGCUCCCUGUGCUGGGGGAGCUAGGGAGAAACGACCCAUCCUGCAUCACACACACCCCUGAGCCCAGGUGAGGGCUGUCCCCUGCACUGUCCUCCCCAGGGGAGCCAUGGCCUGCGGCUGCUGAGCCUCUGCCAUCCUGCCAGCCACAGGGGCUUUGCUCUCACCCGGUGGCUGCGGGGCCAUCUGGUGCCCGGCCACAGAGGGAGCUGUAGGCCCAGAGAAGUGGCUUGCCACAGGGGGUGGCUGGCUCGGGAGGGACACUCUGAUAGGAGGGGGAGCCUGUGCCCCCUUGCCAUGGGGCCAGCAAAUGCCCCAGUGUGGGACUGCAUGGGGGCUAGGCUGGGGAAUGGAAUAAAACACGUCAGUUAAACCAGA